GCCGGCGCUUCCGCGUUGGGAGCCCGCGGCGGAUCCCGGGACGCGGAGACCCGGGGUCCCGGCAGCGGGGCGGCCCCCGGGCCCAGGGCGGGGAUGCAUCGCCGCGGGGUGGGAGCCGGCGCCAUCGCCAAGAAGAAGCUUGCCGAGGCCAAGUAUAAGGAGCGAGGCACUGUCUUGGCUGAGGACCAGCUGGCCCAGAUGUCGAAGCAGUUGGACAUGUUCAAGAGCAACCUGGAGGAAUUUGCCAGCAAGCACAAGCAGGAGAUCCGGAAGAAUCCCGAGUUCCGGGUGCAGUUCCAGGACAUGUGUGCCACCAUUGGGGUGGACCCUCUGGCCUCUGGAAAAGGAUUUUGGUCUGAGAUGCUAGGUGUGGGGGAUUUCUAUUACGAGCUGGGUGUCCAGAUUAUUGAAGUAUGCCUGGCCCUGAAGCACCGGAAUGGAGGUCUGAUAACUCUGGAGGAACUGCAUCAACAGGUGUUAAGAGGAAGGGGCAAGUUCGCGCAAGACGUCAGCCAAGACGACCUGAUCAGGGCCAUCAAGAAACUGAAGGCGCUGGGCACGGGCUUCGGCAUCAUCCCUGUGGGCGGCACCUACCUCAUUCAGUCUGUUCCGGCUGAGCUCAACAUGGAUCACACGGUGGUGCUGCAGCUGGCCGAGAAAAAUGGCUACGUGACCGUCAGUGAUAUCAAAGCCAGUCUUAAAUGGGAGACCGAGCGAGCGCGGCAAGUGCUGGAACACCUGCUGAAGGAAGGGCUGGCCUGGCUGGACCUGCAGGCCCCAGGGGAGGCCCACUACUGGCUGCCGGCUCUCUUCACGGACCUCUACUCCCAGGAGAUCACAGCUGAGGAGGCCAGAGAAGCCCUCCCCUGACUCCGCGAGUGCGGAAGGGGCCCCCGCGGCAGGCAGGGAGAGGGCAGAGCUGCUGGCGAAUAAAACCUGAAUCACUUUUUUUUUUGAAAAGAAAGAAAAAGUUCCAAGUUUUUUCUCUCCUCAAGACUCUUCACCCAUUAUUUUAUUUUAAAGUGCCUUCACAUUGCAUCUUUAUUGGAGAAAACCUCAUUUUAUCCAGUAAGGAUAACCUGAGUAACAGCGAACAGUGAGUGUGUACGAAAUGACCUGAUGGGUCAUCUACAAGUUCACGGUAGAGCUGGGUCUACUACAAAGGUGGUCUGUCUCCUGGCUAGACAGUCUAGUUUCUCUGUAGCCCUGGGACAUAUAUUACAGCCCAUUAAUUCAAACCUUGUCCUUAUAAAAACGUUUAUCUCAAGCGAGCAGAGCCUAAUGGACCAGUAAAUAAUAGCCACUCGUCCAGUCUCCUCCAGCUUCCUCUAGAGCUUCCAGGUUCUGACAGACUUGGCCGAGUGUGAAGGAAGUAGAGGUCAAAGUUAGAUGGUGGUUAGAGGAAAGAAUCAAUGGAACCUGGGGGAGUGGCCCAGCAGUGGGCAGAGUCGUCCUUGAGUUCCGCACCAGCUCCCCUCCUGCGCUGAUCGCUAGGUCCCUCGGGCCUUAGCGGCGGUUAGGGCAUCAUUUACUGAACACCUACCCUGGACCAUCUUCUGGACCCUUAAUCCUCACGGCCACUUUCACCGGUUCAGGGAGUAGGUUCU